UCAUCCUUUGAAAGGCUCAUCAUGGGGUUGCAGGUUGCACUCCAGUUGGGGUUCUACAGCCUUUGUCUGACUCUGGCACUUCUUGAUUUGGGGGAGGGACAGAUACUUCCUGAACCUGCACAGAUAAACUGUGUGUGGAGUGCCUGGUCAGAGUGGAGUGCCUGUGAUCCUUGUACUAAAGUCAGAAGACGUUCACGUGGUAUUGAAGUAUUCGGCCAGUUUGCGGGUGAUGCCUGCCAGGGAUCAAUUGGUGAAAGGCAGGCUUGCGUUACCACUGAUAAAUGUGUUGUUCCAACUGUAGCCCCUUGCCCAAACUCGGACUUCCAGUGUGAUUCAGGAACAUGUAUUAAAAAGAGGUUGGUUUGCAACGAUGACCUCGACUGUGAAGACCAAUCAGAUGAAUAUGACUGCGAUACUUUACGUAAACCCUGCGGUGAGUCGGUCCUCAUGAACAAUGAGCAAGGCAGGACAGCAGGAUAUGGGAUCAAUAUAUUGGGCUCCGCUCCUCGAAUGAAUCCCUUCAACAAUGAUUACUUCUAUGGAAGAUGUGAUCGAGUGAGGAAUCCAACCUCUGGGCAAUACGACAGACUUCCAUGGAAUGUCGGUGUCCUCAACUAUGAGACUCUGGUGGAGGAAACGUUCUCCAGAGAAAUCUAUGAAGACACACAUAGCCUACUAAAGGAAAUAUUGCAUGAAAAGACUUUUAAUAUAGAUGCUGGAUUGUCCUUCAAGUUUAGCCCAUCUGAGCAGUCCAAUUCAAAUCUCUCUGGGUCAGUUGGUGCGGAGGGUGGAUUCUCAAGGACAAGCAUGAUAAAGAAUGUUACAGAAUAUACAAAAAUCAAGAACAAGAGCUUUAUAAAAAUAAAAGGCACAGUGCAGCUGAGCACCUACAGGCUUCGCUCCCGUGAGCUGCAGGUUAAUGAUGAAUUUGUGCGCCAUGUCAAAGAACUGCCUUUGGAGUAUGAGAAGGGAGGUUAUUUUGCUUUCUUGGAAGACUAUGGAACCCAUUACACCAAAAAUGGAAAAUCCGGUGGCCAAUAUGAGCUGGUGUAUGUUCUAAAUCAGGACACCAUCAAAGAGAAAAAAAUGACGGAAAGAAAAAUUCAAGAAUGUUUCAAAGCGGGCCUCACAGCAGACAUUUCUAUUGCGGGCGGGCCAAGUAUAGGAGGACACGUGAAGCCAGAUGGGUGUGAUACAAAACCGUCAUCAGAAACAGAAACUCGGGACGGAAAAGCAAUGGUAGACAAGGUAAUGACAUCCGUCAGAGGAGGAACAGUAGACACUGCUGGUGUCAUGAGGGCUAAGCUGAAUAUCGAGGGUGUGAUGGACAUUAACGCAUACAAGGAAUGGGCCCGGUCUGUUGGAGAAUACCCUGCACUCCUCAACAGUGAGCCAGAGCCCAUCUACAAUCUAAUUCCACUGGAUGUCCCAGAUGUAAACACCAAGAUAUCACACCUUAAGAGGGCCACGCAGGAUUAUUUGGCGGAAUAUAGCGUGUGCAAGUGUAAACCCUGUCAGAACGGAGGCAGCCCUGCCCUGAUAAAUGGAAAUUGCAUGUGUUUAUGUGCUCCUCUAUUCGAGGGCCUAGCCUGCCAGAACUUCAAGAGUGACAAAGCCAAUAAUCAAGGUGGAAGACCUCAGGUUAAUCAGGAGGGAAACUGGUCCUGCUGGGCGGCCUGGUCUACCUGUAGUGGUGGGAAACGCAGCAGAACUCGUAGCUGCAACACAGAUGGGCUUGUUGGUGCUUCAUGCAGAGGAGAUACGAGGAGUGAGGACUACUGCUAAGACAAAAGACGACUCCCACUCUCCCACUAUACCAAACUGUACAAAUGAAAUCUAGUGUUGGAAAAUGAGGAAUAUACUUUCAAUCAACAAUAAAUCAACACAUAUGGUUUCACACAACAAUCUGUUUCUUAAAGUUAAACACCGAACUCUUCCAGUAUCACACAUAAAUACAUUUUUCCAUUACUUGAAAAAAUGUAAUGUACUCUUUACUCCUAAUAAUGUAUUUAGCUUCCUACUGUAUCAACGGAACUCAAUUUCUGGCAGCACACAGCACUGUGUCUUUUAACUUUACUCGUCUUCAACAGUAUUGGCUCAAGUAUGUAUUAAUAGGCUAAUAACUCAUCUUCAAAAGCAUGAACACAUUCCAGAUGGUUUCUUUGUGCAAAUGAAAACCAGAUGAGUAUAGGCUACUUGGACAGAAAAAGAACUAACACUAAUAUGAGUUGAAGAAAGGCAACAAGCGACUUAAGAGAUUUUAAGUGGUUAAUAUAAACACAACACUGGGCAUUACUUGUUAUUACCAGUUACGAGAACAUGCAAAUGUCUAAUAAUCUAGAAAAAGAAACUUGGGUUUCAAACUUGGAAGAAAAGAUUAAUAGAAAGUCAAGAUCUACAGUAAUUAAAACUGAUAUUGGCCUGUGCCACACUAAGUGAUGAAAUCAUCUAACUGCCACAUGGAACUGCUCCUUCCAUGGCUGCUCCUGAUGAGGUUAAUUGGCACCAGCUGGAUCCACUUCAGAUCAUGCCACCUAGAGGAGGGGAGGGGGAAAAACAGAAUACUACACUCUACAGACCUAACAAACACAGGUUUCCUAUUGGAAUGUUCGAACACACACCUAAUCCUCUGUGACAUCUGAAUAGAAAUUUCUGAGUCUAUUGUUGCCAAUCCGCAUCACACUUCCUCUCUCCUUGAAUUUGUAUUCCUUUAACCUCUUUUAAGGAUUAACAAAUUCCCCAUUUUCCUACUGAAGAUGGUAAUAUCAUUAUUGGGAAUGGGUUUUCUAAUACCAUGUACUAAGAGCUUAACAGGUAGGCUAUAUUUGUUGAUUUCUGAGUUUGAUCUUGCUUUCACGUUUUGUUAUUUAGUAAAAAUACGGCAAGAAUGAGCAGAAAUACUUGUACUGAAGAGGACACUUUGAAAGAGAGAUGACUGACCAAAUAGUGGAAGCAUGAAGCAGGAACUGAGAGAAUUGUGACGGUUAAAAUGUUUUAGCCUGAAGCGUUUUUUUUAUCAUUUAAAAGGACAUAUUAAAAUUACAGUAGAACAAUGCUGACUUGGAAGAUUUGCAUGUAAGAAUUCAAGGAGACAUCAUCAUUUAGCACCAGUCAUUAGAAAAAUAAUUCACUGCCUGUCCCCACAGGUGCCCCAGUCACUUCCAGUCAUUACCAAAAUACAGUGAGGUCCAAAAAAUAAUGUGUGCCCGGGUGCUCCAAGAGGAGGUGGUCAUGGGUGGGUGCAUUCUUGAGAAAUAACUACAAGGGGUGGUGCCCCCUGUCCUUUAGGAUGUCAGCAUGAUGAAGUAAAUGUUUGGAACCUUAUUGAGCUCCAAGGAGACCCCAUUCACUUUAGACAGCAAACCCAGCCUCAAGCCAUUAUCUCAUUCUAAAAAGUUUUGUUCUUUCUUAAGACUCCACAGGACAGUUUGCGCAAAAUAAUGAACCCACCUCUAUCAAUAGACUGUUUGGCUCUGUCUUAUAAGAUUGAAAAUGAUUGUUCAAAAAAUAAAUGGUUCGAUCAGAUUUCUCUCUUCAUUCUGACCACUGAAUUAGUUUAUUACAUUCUAUAUUUAAUUCAUGCACACAAAGAAAACA